CACAAUCGCUAAUACGAAGCAGCAAUCCAAAGUCUCUGCGGGAGUUCAAUCUGCGCAAUCGAUUCCACAAUACAGCAAAUUGCAUCAAGCUUACGAUACACAAAAGAUGAAUGACAGUUCGCAAAAGAAAUCGGCGGGAAAUUUUAUGGUUGACGUGAAUCUCACCAUGCACGAUGGCGGGGAAGAAACCACGAGGCGCGUGGUAGGCCCUUCGACCGUGUUCUCUCCAGCGAUGACUUCCGUACCAGCGUCUCCUUUUCUUGCAGGGCCUUCUUCCACGCCAUCCACAACAUUGAAAACGGCACCGACAACUGCACUAGUGAAGGCAGCCGCGGAACCUUUCGUUUGGGAUCUCUCGAGCGCUCCAACCCUUCCUGACCUCCACCCGUUGGAGCGGACCGCAGCAUUUGUCCCACACGUUUCUUCCUCGGAGAUAUCCCGUCGAAUUAGUCAAAUACUACGGGAGCGAUCCAUUGAAGCGUGCUACGAAGAUGACAAAGCCAAGGUCAAGUGCACUACGCCAGACGGGGUGGAUUUUCGAAUUCGUCUGUACCGUGGAAGGGGAGAAUUUCAUCACGGCAUUAUAGUGGAAGUCCAGAGGCGAUUUGGUGCUGCAUUUAGCUUCCACGGGGACACGUAUGCUAUUCUUAGUGCUGCAGAAGGGAAAGAGAAUCAGCCUUGUUCGUCCACAUCCAGUACUCUUCCGCUGGUUUCGGAUUCGGACGACGAAAGUUACAGUCCCAAUGGCGUUGCCUCCCUUUCGACUGUCUCCAAGAUGCUGGUCUACCGUGAUCACGAUUCCUACCUUCUUGCUCUCCAAACACUUGCUGUCAUCACAGAUGCCAAAAAUGUGGGCGAGAAGACUGCGUUCGCUGUCUCUACGGAGUUGUUACAGGUCGAGAGCGAAGUCGGCUCCAAGAUCAUCUCACUCCUCGUAGAUCGUACGGUAGAGGAUGAUAUCUUCAAGCUGCGUGUCAUGGCUCUUACAGUUAUUGCCAACGCCAUUCAGACUGUUAAAGGUGAUAUUUCUGAUAUGGUGCGCGAAAUGCUUCGACCAACCCUUCUCCAAGAAAUGCAAGGUGCCCACAAGAACCCCCGAGCAGCCCAAAUGGCUGCCAGGUGUGUGCAAUUCCUACUCGAGGGCGAUCACGAUGUUGCCGAAGUCCACAGCGUACUACAAGUGGCCUUACAGGCUGGUCAGGUCCGACACGCUGGUUUAGAGCGACAAGCACAAGUCUGUCUCGAUAAAAUCGUUUGAUCCAGCCCAGUGGAAAUUUUCUGAGACACAUACACCGUACCUAUGCGUGCCUGUCUCUGUUUUUUUUACAUUUCGUACGUAACCCAGUUAAACUUAUAUAGACAAUAUGCAUUCUGU